ACCACAGGCUCGAGUCAAAGUCCAACUCCGACCUUGCCAGCCCGGUCACCCGAGCCCGACACCUGUCAAACCAACCAGUGUGUGCGAGCCGGCGAAGAGAGCGUUUCUCAUCAAAACCCGAGCGCAGAGACCCGCACCAGUCCGGCAUUCCCUCCCCAUCCCCACAUUACCCCGGCGCGCCACCGAGCCCGACCUCGCCGGCGUCCCCGCCGCCUCCGCCGUCGGCCGCCGUCCGCCAGGCGCGUCGAUCGACCGGCGGGACUGACCGCCGCGACGAGAUGUUCCACGCCGCGCGGCCGCCGAAGCCGACGGCCGUGUCCGCGGAGCGCUGCUUUCCACAGCUCUGCGGUGGACGCAUGGCCGCGCUUCCUCGACCUUCGCCGCAUCCACUUCCUCCUCCUUAUCCUCUCGCCGCGGGCGGGGGCGACGUGCGGGUGCGCAGCGAGGCGGAGGUGGCCCGUGGGCGACGCCAAGGGGGCGGUGACGGAGCGGAGCGCGAGGAGGUGGCGGUGACGGUUGGGGUUGCGGUUGCGGCGGGAGGGGAUGACGUCGCGGUAUCCGGCGGUUUUGUCGGGGACAGCGCGGCGGGGGUUUCUGGCCUGGUGGCUCUGGAGGAGAGGGGAUGUGGAGGCGGCGAACUACAGAGGAAGAGGGGUUUGGAGUUCCCCGCGCGUCCGCCGCCCAAGCGGAGGGCCGUGUCCGCCGUGCGACACUUUCCACCUGGCUGCGGGAGGGACGCGCCGCCUCUGAUCGUGGGCGGCGACGACGACGGUUUGCCGGCUGUAACUGCACCUUCCAGUGGUGCUCGUCCCGCGGGCAGCAGUGCCAGAGAGGAGUGUGGCUUGCCGCUGCAAAUUGCGCCUGGCAAUGCUGGUGUGCGUGUGCUGGAGAAGGUGACUGCUUCUGAUGGUGGCGCUCCAGUGUCAGAUGGGGAUCAUCGGGGUCCAGAGGCUGUGGCGGUGAAAUCUUCGGAUGGCACAGAAAGAGGUGCUGAUUUGGUGGUGAAAGACAGGGGAAGGACACGGCCAAUCUCGCGAUUGCUAGCCAAGCGGAGGGUGAUAUCUGCCAACCGCCGCUUCCCUCCAGGCUGCGGGAGGGACGCGGUGGUUUCACUUGCAAGCAGAGGAGGUGGUGAGUCUAGUUUGCACUUCGAAGCCCUGCCUCCUGCUGGUGAUUUGGGUGCAUUGGAGGACGGCCGGCGUUCCAAUGUGUGUGCCAUGGACACUAUAGAAGCGGUCAGCGAGAAUGCUUUGGAUGCAAUAGUAGACGUACAGGAUCUGGAGGAGGGUGAGAUUCCUCCGGAGCCUGAUCAUGUCCUCCAAGAGUUUCCAGUUACUCACAGCAAUAUCAUGCAUGAGCUUACGGCUGAUGGACUUGAUGAAAAGAUCUCAGUGAACAUGCUGCAGCGCAAGGGGGAGAGUGUAUCAUGGGAAGUUGUUGAAGAUCUCAAGGUGAUGAACAAAUGCGAAGGCAGUUCACCCAAGGCUGCUAGUAAACCUUCUGCUGAAGGUCCUCUGAAAGAACAUCUUGGGGAUACUACAGAAGCGGUCAGCAAGAAUGCUUUGGAUGUGAUAGUAGAGGUACAGGAAUUGGAGGAAGGUGAGAUUCGUACGGAGCCUCACCAUGUCCUCCAAGAGAACCCAGUUACUCACAACAAUAGCCUGCAUGAGCUUACAGCUGGUACCCUUGAGUGUGUUGUGCCGUCAAUGGUAGAUGCGGAACCUUCUGUGAGGCAUUUUUCUAAUGAGAAGAUCCCUGUGAACAUGCUGGAGCACAAGGGAGAGAGUGUAUCAUGGGAAGUUGCUGAAGAUCUCAAGGUGAUGAACAAAUGCGAAGGCAAUUCACCCAAGGGUGCAUGUAAACCUCCUCCUGAAGAUCCUCUGAAAGAAUAUCUUGGGGAUAAGAAAGUGUCUGAAAGUUGUAGCAUGAAAAGUGCACCUCUUGAUGUGGAAGCAGGGGUACAUGGCGACGGUAUCAUGAGACGUAUGGUAACAAUCACAGCUAGAAAACCUUCUCCUGAACAAGGCAAUCCAUCCAAGGGUGCUAGUAAACCUUCUCCUGAAGAUCCUCUGAAAGAAUAUCUUGGGGAUAAGGAAGUGUCUGAAAGUUGUAGCAUGAAAAGGGCAUCUCUUGAUGUGGCAGCAGGGGUACAUGGCGACGGUAUCAUGAGACGUAUGGUAUCAUUCACAGCUAGAAAAACAUUUCGGUUACCUGUUGAAGCAAAUCAUAAGUCCGCGCUGGUUAAUCUGGAUAGACCGUGUUCUAUGGGCAAGGAGAAGGAGUCCGUUGUCACUAUGAGCGAAUCCUUUGCUCCCAGGAAGAAGUUAAAGAUAAAAGGUCCAGCUCAAAGUAAAUAUCUUCCCAUGAAUACCAUUUCUAGCAAGGAAAAAUUGAAGCAUGAAGAGGCUUCCCACUUGGAAGAUGAUGAAGUUUUGAAUGCAAUAGCUGUUCAUGAAGGAAAGUUUGAGAUGUACCUCAAUGAUCCCUCAUGGCGUCACAUGCAACAUGGUGGUCAGACCGCUGAUGCUCGGAGCAAAGUCAGGAUGAUUUGCAGAAGGUUUCAGUUUAUAUGCAGGACUCUCGUUCAAGCUGUGGAACAAGGUUCGCUGAAGAGCCGUAGAAUUGAUCUUGCCGCUGAUAAGCUAAUCAGAAAAUUACCGGGCUUUACCAAACAGGGGCCUAUUGUAGGUAAAGUUCCUGGUGUUGAAAUUGGUGAUGAAUUUUUAUACAGAGUAGAGUUGGCCAUUGUUGGUCUUCACCGCCCAUACCAAGGAGGCAUUGACACCACAAAGGAUAUUAAUGAUAUGCCUAUUGCCAUAAGCGUUGUUGCGUCUGGAGGUUACCCUGACGACUUGUCGAGCUCAGGUGAAAUAAUAUACACUGGCUCUGGAGGAAAGCCUGCUGGCAAAAAGGAGAAUGAGGAUCAAAAGCUUGUGCGCGGGAACCUUGCCCUGAAGAAUUGUAUCAAAACAAAGACGCCUGUCCGAGUAAUUCAUGGUUUUAAAGGUCCAAAUAGAGAGGAAGGUAGUCAUUCAAAGGCCAAAGAAGUCUCAAUAUUUACUUACGAUGGGCUCUAUCAUGUGGUGCAGUGCUGGCAAGAAGGUCUACCAGGUUCAAGGGUCUUCAAAUACAGGUUGCAGAGGAUUUCUGGACAACCAGAGUUACCUCUGCAUGUUGCUAAAGUGUUGAGAAAGUCUGCAGUGCGUCCUGGCCUGUGCAUAGCAGAUAUAUCGCAAGGGAAGGAGAAGAUCCCCAUCUGUGUGGUCAAUAAUAUUGAUGCUGCACGUCCAGCAUCAUUUAAAUACAUUACUAGAAUCAAAGGUUCAUCCUUAGCUGCAAAAAGAAGUCAUCAGGGUUGUGACUGCACCAAUGGCUGCUCAGAUUCUGCCAGCUGUGCUUGUGCUGUGAAGAAUGGAGGAGAAUUCCCAUUUAACUUCAAUGGUGCAGUUGUCCAUGCAAAGCCCCUCAUAUAUGAGUGUGGUCCAUCCUGUAGGUGCCCUCCUUCAUGCCAUAGCAGGGUCAGCCAGCAUGGUAUGAAAAUACCACUGGAAGUAUUCAGAACAACAAAGACAGGUUGGGGUGUAAGAUCCCUAAGGUCCAUCUCUGCUGGCAGCUUUAUAUGUGAGUAUGUUGGCGAGCUGUUGCAUAGCGACGAGGCUAACCAGAGAAUGAAUGACGAAUACUUGUUCGACAUAGGACAUAACUAUGAUAUCUGGAAAGGGAUGCCAUCAGUUGUUCCAGGUCUGAGUUCUUCUGCCCCUCGCUCUGUGAUCAUGGACGAUGAUAGGGCCUUCACAAUAGACGCAGCUGAGUAUGGUAAUAUUGGAAGAUUCAUCAACCAUAGCUGUUCACCAAACCUCUACGCACAAAAUAUUCUUUGGGACCAUGGCGACAAAAGAGUGCCGCAUAUCAUGUUCUUUGCUGCUGAGAAUAUUUCACCUCUACAGGAGCUGACUUAUGACUAUAAUUACGAAAUAGAUCAUGUUCGUGACAUGAAUGGCGAAGUAAAAGUCAAAUACUGCCAUUGUGGUUCUCCACAGUGCCGUGACAGGCUUUAUUAAGGCGUAGAAGGCUAUCUUUUUCUUUUUACAUCGGCAUGGAAGGCUGUUUUUUUACAGGCAUGGAAGGCUGUUAAUACUAGGGUGGUUUCUUUCCAAGAAAAUCCUUUGGAAUGCUGUUGCCUCCUCUUUCAACCUUGCCAUUGGCAUCCUAGUAAAUAAUAGGAGUAUGUAGAUAGUGUGAAGUGUUCAUAUGGGCAAAGACUAAAGAGGUUGUGAUUAUGUUA